AGGCUUUGCCAACGCUGGGCCAGAUCGCAAUGGACGUAUCGCAUCCUGUCCGAGUGACGGCGGGCACUCCGACUCGCCCAGAUAUGCUUAGUGCUGCAUGAUUGGGAACGCGGGGAAAAGCAACCCCGGGAUGAAGCCAAGAGGAAAGGCGAACACUCUCGUUCGCGUUAGCGUUAUCAGUCCAGGCCCAAGGUGUUUAUUACUGCGGUGCUACCCCGAACCAUGGACUUGGGAUCAUCGAGUACCGACUCAUUGUCUGUUGCUCCAUCUACUUCCUUUCUUCAUUGAGGCUUGGCAAGAUCCAUUUCACGAUGGACGCCAACAAGUACGACGAGAAGGCUAUCAAUGCCCACGAGAAGUCGGGGGACGCCUCCUCAGGUGAGCCCGACGGCAUCUACCGCAAUGAGACAAACGAGAUUGGCCAUGUCGACAACGUCGACCAACUUCGACGACACUUGGGCAACCGACAAGUGCAACUUAUUGCCAUCGGUGGUUCAAUCGGUACUGCUACUUUCGUCUCCAUCGCCAACGGGCUCGUCAAAGGUGGCCCGGGAAGCUUGCUCCUAGCCUAUACUCUGUACACCUGUAUGCUCGGCCUGGUCAACAACUCGAUGGCCGAGAUGGCCUCGUAUAUGCCUGUUUCGGGUGGCUUUAUUCGCAUGGCGGGAAAAUGGGUUGACGAGUCUCUUGGAUUCUGGGUCGGCUGGAACUUCUUCCUCUACGAAGCGUUCCUGAUCCCCUUUGAGAUCUCGGCACUGAACUUGGUUUUGACGUACUGGAGUGACAAGAUCCCCGUGGCAGCUGUUGUUGCAGUGUGUAUCGUUCUAUACUUCUGCAUCAACGCAUUCGUCGUCAAGUGGUACGGAGAAGCCGAAUUCUGGCUUGCUCUCGGCAAAGUCUUCCUCAUCUUGAUCGUGUUUUCCUUCACCUUCAUCACGAUGGUUGGCGGAAAUCCCAAGAAAGACGCAUACGGUUUCAGGUACUGGAACAACCCUGGAGCCUUUGCUGAGCACAUCACUACUGGAAGCCUCGGUCGCUUCGAAGGCUUCUUAGGUUGCCUCUGGAGCGCUGCGUUCACCGUUGUGGGCCCCGAAUAUUUGUCUAUGCUUUCCGGAGAAGUCAAGCUUCCCAGGCGCUACCUGACGUCUGCUUUCAAGGUCACCUACGUUCGAUUCGCCUUCUUCUUCAUCGGCUCCGCUCUCUGCGUCGGCAUCGUCAUCCCCUACAACGAGUCUACUCUUCUUGAGAUCAUGAGCGGCAAGUCCCAGGGUGCCGGAACCGCAGCAGCUUCGCCAUACGUCAUUGCGAUGAGGAACUUGAAUGUCAACGGUCUGCCUCACUUGACCAACGCGCUGCUGUGCACUUCCAUCUUCUCCGCCGGUAACGCAUACACCUACUACGGAACCCGUUCGCUCUACAGUUUGGCGCUCGACGGCCAUGCGCCCAAGUUCCUGAGGAAGUGCACAAAGGCCGGUGUACCCAUCUUCUGUCUCUGUGUUACGACACUCUUCCCGUUCUUGGGAUUCCUCAACGUCUCCAGCGGUAGCGCAAAGGUGCUUACUUGGUUCACCAAUAUCAUCACAGCCGCUCAGAUCAUCGACUACAUCGUCAUUUGCAUCACGUAUCUGUUCUGGUACCGCGCCUGCAAGGUCCAAGGCCUCGACCGACGCACAAUGCCUUACUAUGCUCGCUUCCAGCCCUACUCCACAUGGAUUGCCCUCAUCUUCCUCACUUGUGUCGUCACUUGUUACGGAUACCCCGUCUUUCUCCCUGGAAAGUUCACGCUCGACACUUUCUUCACAUUUUACAUGAUGGUGCUUCUUGCGCCAGUACUGUUCUUUGGGUGGAAGUUCCUCAAGCGCACCAAAUUUGUCCCAGCUGCUGAGUGCGAUCUGGUGUGGCAGAAGCCUGUCAUUGACGCGUAUGAGGAGUCGUACAAUGAGCCGGCGGUUGGAUUCUGGACAGAGAUCGGCCAGAUGUUCGGUUUCCGCAGGAACAAGAAGGCUGAGAAGGCUUGAAUGAAGACUUGGAGUGGAAGUUGCUAUUCUUGGCCUCUAUCUCUUGUUAGAACCCGAUUAGACGGAUUGCUGCACCGCAAUCCUUUCUCCUUGUUGUAGCUACUGUCACUUUGGAAUACCCACCGCGUUAUCUUUGC